CCCGCGUCCGCCGCCGCGUCCGGGGUGGCCGGCGACGCCAGCGCGCCCUGCGCCGAGCUGGUCCGCGAGCCGGGCUGCGGCUGCUGCUCCGUGUGCGCGCGGCUGGAGGGCGAGGCGUGCGGCGUCUACACCCCGCGCUGCGCCCAGGGGCUGCGCUGCUAUCCCCACCCGGGCUCCGAGCUGCCUCUGCAGGCGCUGGUCCUGGGCGAGGGCACUUGCGAAAAGCGCCGCGACGCCGAGUACGGCGCCAGCCCCGAGCAGGUUGCAGACAAUGGCGAUGAGCACUCUGAAGGAGAUCUGGUUGAGAACCACGUGGACGGGACCAUGAACCUGUUGGGCGGUGGAGGCAGUGCUGGUCGGAAGCCCCUCAAGUCAGGCAUGAAGGAGCUGGCUGUGUUCCGGGAGAAGGUCACCGAGCAGCACCGGCAGAUGGGCAAGGGUGGCAAGCAUCACCUUGGUCUGGAUGAGCCCAAGAAGCUGCGGCCGCCACCUGCCAGGACCCCCUGCCAGCAGGAACUGGACCAGGUCCUGGAGCGGAUCUCCACCAUGCACCUUCCAGAUGAGCGGGGCCCUCUGGAGCACCUGUACUCCUUACACAUCCCCAACUGUGACAAGCACGGCCUGUAUAACCUCAAACAGUGCAAGAUGUCUCUGAACGGGCAGCGUGGGGAGUGCUGGUGUGUGAAUCCCAACACUGGGAAGCUGAUCCAGGGAGCCCCCACCAUUCGGGGUGACCCUGAGUGUCAUCUCUUCUACAAUGAGCAGCAGGAGGCCCGUGGGGUACACAGCCAGCGGAUGCAGUAACCCCCAGCCAGCCGGUGCCGGGCGCCCCCUGCCCCCACCCCCUCUCCAAACACUGGCAGAGAGAGGAGAGUCUUGCGUGGUGGGUGGGGAGGGUUUUCCAGGAGUGUUGACACGUGUAUUUAUAUUUGGAAAGAGACCAGCACCGAGCUCGGCACACCCCCGCCUUCCCCCUCCCCAGCGGGAGCUGCCUGCGCCCUCGCCUUCUCCUGUCCCUGCUGGGAAGGAAGAGUGCUUGCAGUGGCCGAGCUGGGGGAAAAGUUUGGGAGGGGGGAAAAGAAAUUUUUAUUUUUGAACCCCCAUGUUUCUUUUGCUUAAGAUUAAAGGAAGGAAAAAUAACA